UUUAGUCAUAGAAGCAGCUGCUUUUGGCUUUGGUUUCCAAUAUUUUCUCCUGCCGGAAGAAAUGGGUUUCUGGGGAAUUGAAGUCAAACCUGGAAAACCACACCCUUAUCAUUCUGACAAUAUUCGGGGAAAGCUUCACAUUACUCAGGCAACUUUAGGCCUUGGAUCAUCUAAAGAGAGGGCUGUACUUCAGUGUUCUGUCGGACACAACAAUCCGAUCAUCUUGUGUUCCUUGUUACCAAAUCGAACUGAGACUUGCUCCUUAGAUCUUAAGUUUGAUGAAGAUGAUGAGUUGGUUGCUUUCUCCGUAAUUGGCUCUCGGAGCAUUCACGUUUCUGGUUACUUUGUUGCUGAUGAUGAUGGAGGUCACCUUGGAGAUGAAUAUGAGUCUGAUUCUUAUGGGGAAGAUAUUGCUGAUAUCCAGUCUGAAGAUGAGUCCUCUGAUUAUGAUUCCGAUGAUGAGUAUGGUGAAAACUUAAUAGAUGAUGGUGGUGACUAUGAGUUCUACUCACAUUCACCUGUCCCAAAUAGUGGAGUUGUAAUUGAGGAGAUCAUGGAUGAUGAAAAGCCUAUAUGUGGAAAUGGGGAAUCUAAACGAUCCAAGAAAAAGAAUAAAUUGACUGGCUCGGAGGAACAAAAGAACUUGCAGCGUCAACUUAUUGCCAAGAGAGGUGCUGUUGAGACAGAUUUGGAAACUGAAGAUGAAGAUGGCUUUCCAGUUUCUGCUUCACACAAAAGCGAAGAUGCUAUUCAACAGCCUAAACCAGAAACUUUAACUACUGAAGAAGACAAGAGGAAAGGAAAGGACCUUAGUGAAAAGAAAAGAAAAGUCAAAAGCAUUGAUGAAGACAGUCAGCAAGAAGGGAAAAAGAAGAAAAAGAAGCAAAAGGGAAAGGGUACCGAUACCAUCAAUGGUUUGCCAGAUGAUGAAGAUCAGCCCGUGAAGGAAGAGAGCCAGGAUCCAGAGCAGGUUAUGCCUGUUGGAAACAAACAAGAUCAUCCCCAUAGUGAUAGGGUCGUUGGUUCUGACGUGGACAACACCCCUUGCGAGAACCUUUAUGAGAAAAAGAAGAAGAAAAAGAACAAAAAGAAAACCACCCAAGAGAAUCAGGUGGAUGCAAAUGCACCAGUUACACAAAGUGGAGAUAAGGGUACUUCCACUUUGGAGUCUGGGGAAAAACCAACUGCUAGCAAGUCAUCCCAAGUGAGAACAUUUCCAAAUGGUUUGGUUGUCCAAGAGUUAGCAAUGGGCAAACCAGAUGGUAAAAGAGCAUCCCGUGGGAAGCAGGUGAGUGUCCAUUAUAUCGGGAAGCUGCAAAAGAAUGGCAAAAUUUUCGAUUCCAAUGUGGGAAGGCCCCCCUUUAAAUUUCGCAUAGGUGUAGGAGAAGUCAUUAAAGGAUGGGAUGUUGGUGUUGAAGGCAUGCGCAUUGGUGAUAAAAGAAAACUCAUAAUUCCACCUGCAAUGGGUUAUGGUUCCACGGGUGCCGGCGGCAAGAUACCUCCAAAUGCAUGGCUUGAGUUUGAUCUAGAGUUGGUCGGUGUUCGGUGAUUCGCGUGACCUUGCUAAGCUAUGAAAAUGUUUUUAACUGCUCGAGUGAUCAUCAAUGAACAAAAAAAGAAACAAUAUUUUGACUGUGUUGCAAUCUUCAAUAUUUGAGUUUUUGCAGUAAGUGGUGAUUUGUGGCUGAUGAAUACAUCAGGUUUUUGUAUGGAAUGGGACAUUAUUUUUCCUUUGCCAAUUAAAGGAAUGGCUUAAGCUCGUCGUGUCCGUUUAUGCCAA